AUGUCACAGAGAAGAUUGGCAAGUCUUUGGGACGAUCUCGAAGAUGAGGAUUAUUCGGAUCAACAAUAUAAUAAUAUUAAUAGUAAUGCCAAAGGAGUAAUCCCAAAAGAAGAAUGGGAUCUGAUUAAAGAUAAAACACGUCAAGGUUGUAAUUGUGAUGAGUGCGAACAAGCAAUUGAUCCGAAUCAUCGACCAGAUUUUCAAGGACUUUUAAAAAUAUUUUCAUCGGAAAAGGUAUUACGUCAAGCAGCAAUAUUUGCUGGAACACGUAAAAUAAAUGAGAAAAUAGUAGAUCAUUUUCAUACAACCUGGCGACAUCCGAUGCAUAUGGGAGUUCCGAAUGUUGAGUUUGUCUCAUUCAUGAUGAGUAGUAGAGAUGUGUGUAUGAGGUUUGAUGAGUAUAUGGCGGAAUUGUUAUUGAUAUUGGAUGAUUCAAAUGUUAAACCUUUAUGGCAUGGGACAUCCGUCAAAUGUAAAUACGAAGAUAAGCCAUGUGAUCCGGGUUCGAUGGAAAGUUGUGCUGGAUGUAACAUCUUGUCUAAUGGCUUUGAUAUAAGUAAAAGAAUUUAUUUUGCACCAAAUUCGUCUAAAGCUCACAGUUAUGCAACACCAAGAGGUACUGAUUCAGAUUUGUAUACAAUUCUUUUUUGCUUUGUGGCUCUUGGAAGAUGUCAUACGACAAUUGAUGAUAUGCCACACUUAAAAGCUCCGCCUUAUCCUUGUCAUUCAGUACAUGGACGUGUAGGACAUAGAUUAAAUUAUGAAGAGUAUGUUAUUUAUAGAACAGAAGCCAUUGUUCCAUUUGCUGCUGUUACUUAUCGAAUGAAUAAAUGGUAG